UUAGGUUGGAUCGGAGAUCUCCGGGAGGAGAAGCAUACACCGGCGACUUCAAUCAUCACCGUAAAACGCCUUGAAGAACUUAAAAUUUCAAGGACCUAAGAGAACGUUUACUUAUAAAUGGGAUGCGAUUGAGACUUGUAUGAGUCAAGGUUUGAAGAUUCAGAAAAUCACAAUAUGUCUCGUGGUUCAGAGAACACUGAUGAUGUACCACCGAAAUGGAUGAGUUUCCGGUCUCUGCUCGUAUUCUCCAUGAUUUUGCGAGUCUUCUUGAUAGUCUAUGGAGAAUGGCAAGAUGCUCAUAUGGAGGUCCGGUACACUGAUGUUGAUUACAUUGUUUUUUCUGAUGCUGCUUCGUUGAUGGCAUCUGGUGAAUCUCCUUACAAGAGAACCACAUACCGUUACUCGCCUUUGCUCGCCCUUCUCCUGACUCCUAAUUCCUUCUUUCAUCGGUCAUUUGGAAAGUUCCUCUUCUCAGCUUCUGAUUUGUUGGUAGGCUGGUUUAUCCAUACUAUUUUGAAAGAACGUAAGGUGCCUGAGAAGAUAUGUACAUAUUCUGUAAUGGUUUGGCUUUUCAAUCCGUUUACAUUCACUAUUGGAACCAGAGGGAACUGUGAACCCCUCGUUUGUGCCAUGAUAUUAUGGAUCAUCAUCUCUCUUAUGCAAGGUAAUUUGUCGCAAGCUGCAUUUUGGUACGGGCUUGUUGUGCAUUUCAGGGUCUAUCCUAUUAUCUAUGCUUUACCGAUCAUCUUAGUUCUCGAUUCCAAAAUAUUUAGAUCUGGUCAAAAGCCGCCUCUUGAGAAUUGGAACACCGGUCAGACCAAGACACCUACCAGCAACACAGAGAAAAAAACAUUCCUUUUCAAUCUCUUCACUGCCUUGAAAAGUUUAUUUUCCAGGGAGAGAAUCAUGUUUGGUUUGAUAUCGGGAGGAGUUUUUCUAGCUUGCAAUGCUGUUUCAUUUUAUUUCUAUGGACACGAGUUCCUGCACGAGGCUCUCUUAUAUCACCUGACUCGUACAGAUCCACGGCACAACUUCUCCAUCUACUUCUAUCACAUAUAUCUUCACUAUGAGGGACAGUUUUCAGCUGUGGAGAAGCUUAUCUCGUUCUUACCUCAGUUUACAGUACAGUUUGCUCUAGUCUCCUGCUUUUGGCAGGAUCUAGUGUUCUGCAUCUUUCUCCAAACCGUUGCAUUUGUGGCUUUCAAUAAGGUGAUAACCGCGCAAUACUUUGUGUGGUUCUAUUGCCUGCUACCCCUGAUUCUACCAUGGAGCCGUAUGAAGCUGAAAUGGGAAGGCUUGUUAUGCAUCAUUCUCUGGAUUGGAGCUCAGACACAUUGGCUUUUAUGGGGAUACAUGCUCGAGUUCAAGGGACUUAACGUCUUCUUACAGUUAUGGGUGGCGGGUUUGCUUUUUCUUGCUGCAAACACCUUUGUCCUCGUCAAAAUCAUACAGCGCCAUCGAUUCUCACCUCUCUUCACACGAUAUGAAUCCUCCUCACCAAAGCAUGUUAAGAAACUUCACUGAGAAGGCGUUUACCUUCUUGGUCAUUACCAUCUACUAAGACCUUGUAAUGAUUCAUGCUUUUUUGUUUGAUAAUGUAUUCUUAAGGUUCUUUAGGAUUGUCUCAAGAAUAGUUUAUCAAUUAAAAUAGCAAUUUUAUGGAAAAUUACUAAAAUAGUAAUUUUCCCUAAAAUAUUUUAACAUGUUUUAAAAAUUCAAUUUGAUUACGAUGAGAUAUAAGAAGAAAGCACAGAAUCAAUACGUGUGGAUACGUGUGAGCAAUUUUUUGAAAGCGUCAGACACGCUGUGACCUAACUAUGGAGACUACGCGGCUAAACGAACCAAAUUGGAGCGAGCGGGUGGAGGAUCUCGUAGCAGCCGGUGACGUCACGGCGGCGAUCUCGUUUCUCGAGUCUCUGGUGACCAAUCUUCAGUCGCGGUUGGGUUCGUCCUCCUCCGGCGAGAGAACGGAGUUUGGGCUUCAAUUAGCAUCCGCGCUUACCCAAUUGGCGGAUCUCUACUCUUCUCAGGGCCUUUCCCUCAAAUCCGACGAGCUUCGUACUCGUUCUUCCCUUAUUAAGCAACGUGCGUUGGAUUGUGAUUUUGCAUCUUCAAGGGCUUAUGAUUGCAGUGGUUCCGACGAUGUAGAGAAUCAAAUUAUUGCUUCCAAUGGACUCAAGUCUGACUCAAAUGUCUCACCCCCUGAUGGGAAAACGAAGGAUUCCACAAAAGUUUCCAGCAAUAAUUCAGCUGCUCAUGAUUCUUCAGAUGAUGAUUGGGAAGCCCUUGCAGAUCUUGAACCGAGUAAAUUACUCCAUGUAGAAGAGUUGCCUGAAAUAUCAAAGCUUUCGGUUGAAGAACCUAAAGUUGAAGGACCUAAGAGACGUGGAAGGGGGACAUUUACUUAUAAGAGGGAUGUGAUGUACAGUGAUCGAGACUUUUGUGAGUCGAGGUUUGAUGAUUUAGAAGAUAAUGAUGUAUCUCGUGAUUCAGAGAAGACUGA